GCCGGGCUCCGCCCCGCCGCGGCCGCUGUCCGCACGCCGGGUGCUGAUUUUCGCUCGUUGUCCCGGUGCGCUUCGGCGGCGAGAGCGUACCGAAAGCUUGCAGCCGGCUGAAAGGCCAGGGCGGAGCCAGGCCCGCGAUGCCUCUCGAAGCCCCCACGCUCGCCGCCGCGGUACAGCAGCCAGGCCCCGGGGCUGCCGCCGGGCUCUGAGGCCGCGCUUGUGCUAAUGGCCGCCCGGGGAGGACGGGGCCCGGGUUCCCAGCACCGCGCCCUGCGCGGACUGCUGCUGCUCUGCCUCUGGCUGCCCAGCGGCCGGCCCGGGGAGCCCGCCGCUCCUCCGUCCGAGGUGGAUAGGCUGCUUCAGGACUUUCGCCGGCAGCUUCAGCGGGCACGGCCGCGGGAGGAGCUAGAGCCCGAGCUGCUCGGAGGCCCGCGGGAGGAUUGCCCGGGUGCAGGCGGGACAGCGGUCUACCGGGCGGUUCCCGAUACCAUCAUCCGCACCCAGGACUCCAUCGCGGCGGGGGCCAGCUUCCUGCGCGCACCGGGGACCGUGCGGGGUUGGCGGCAGUGCGUGGCGGCCUGCUGCUCCGAGCCGAGCUGCUCGGUUGCGGUGGUGCAGCUGCCCCGGGGGCCCAGCGUGCCCGCGCCCACGCCCGCUCCCCGCUGCUACCUGUUCAACUGCACGGCGCGCGGCCGCAGCGUCUGCAAGUUCGCGCCCCUCCGUGGGUACCGCACUUACACUCUUAGCCGCGCCGGGGAAGCAGCCGGCAUCUCUCCCGGGCCAGGGGAGGAUGAGCCUCCACUUAGCAAGGCCGGGAAGGAUGUGGUUUUGCAUUUGCCCACAGACGGGGUGAUUCUGGAUGGCCGAGAAAGCACAGAUGACCACGCCAUCGUCCUGUACGAGUGGACGCUGCAGCAGGGUGACCCAUCAGUGGACAUGAAGGUGCCUCAGCCAGGAACCCUGAAGCUGUCCCACUUGAAGGAAGGCGCAUACAUCUUCCAGCUGACUGUGACUGACACAGUGGGUCAGAGAAGCUCGGACAAUGUGUCUGUGACUGUGCUUCCCAGAAUCUACUCCACCGGAGGAUGUUCCAGUGUUUGCUCACGCUACCAUUUCUUCUGUGACAAUGGCUGCUGCAUUGACAUCACCUUGGCUUGUGAUGGAGUGAGGCAGUGUCCAGAUGGGUCUGAUGAAGACUUCUGUCAGAACUUGGGCCUUGACCGCAAGAUGGUGACACACACAGUGGCUACUUCUGCCCAGCCAAGGACCACGGGACUGAGUGAAGGUGAAGGAGAUCCCUGGUUGGAAAAAUCCCAGAAAGCCACAACCCACAAACAAGCAGCCACCACAUCCCACACAGAGAAGAGGAUCCACUCCACCCAGAGGACACCAGAGAGUCAGAUCCUUGCUGUCAAGCCAGACAGUAACUCCUCAGGAAAGAACCAAGAAGAAAGGAAUUACAUUUUCAAGUCUAAGAGUGAUGAAGCCCAAGGGGACCACCCAGCCCCGGAGGCAGGCGCAGUGCUACCCCUGGCAUUGGGUCUGGUCAUCACUGCUUUGUUACUUCUCAUGGUGACAUGCCGACUCCGACUGGUGAAGCAGAAACUUAAGAAAGCCCGUCCCAUUACAUCCGAGGAAUCCGACUACCUCAUCAAUGGGAUGUACCUGUAAUAAAGCUAUUUAAACAGCUGUGGGCGAGGAUGGGCAUCUCUCACAACUUGUUCUUUGGGUUCUAUCGUCAUUAAGAUCUUUUGCUUUAAAUUGUGCUAGAAGACGCUGCAAUCUCAAGCCUUGAAUGAUCAUGAAAUCAUUUUCCUGGGAGGUAAAAUGUCUUCAAAGGUAGAGCGGAAUUCAUGAGAUUCAGUUUGUAGUUUGCUGAGACAUAAAGUCAGUAUGUCAUGGUGACAGAUGGCAGUCCUGCCUUCUAUGUGUGGACUGCCAUCCUCUGGUCCCCAGCAGCCUCCCCUUGUCUUCUGGCCCUCUUCUCCAGAGUUCCCAUGAGCUCCAUCUUCUUGUCCUCUGCCAAAUCUCUCUGAAAAGGGAUCUUAAGUGAACUUAGACUUAGUGAG